GCAUGCGCGUGGGACGGAGAGAAGGAAGAUGGCGUCUCCGAGUUUCCCCACGCCGCUGCAUGGGCACGUGGGCCGCGGCGCCUUCAGCAAUGUGUACGAGCCCGCGGAGGAUACGUUCCUGCUGCUGGACGCGCUCGAGGCAGCAGCGGCCGAGCUGAAGGGAGUGGAAAUAUGCCUUGAAGUAGGUUCAGGGUCUGGAGUGGUAUCUGCAUUCCUAGCCUCUAUGAUAGGUCCUCAAGCUUUGUACAUGUGCACUGACAUCCACCCUGAGGCAGCAGCUUGCACUCUGGAGACGGCACACUGUAACAAAGUCCACAUUCAGCCAGUAAUUACAGACUUGGUCAAAGGCUUACUACCAAGAUUGAAGGAAAAAGUUGAUCUUCUGGUGUUUAAUCCCCCCUAUGUAGUGACUCCACCGGAAGAGGUAGGAAGUCAUGGAGUAGAAGCCAUUUGGGCUGGUGGCAGAAAUGGUCGGGAAGUCAUGGACCGAUUCUUCCCACUGGCUCCAGACCUUUUGUCACCAAGAGGAUUAUUCUAUCUGGUUACCAUUAAAGAAAACAAUCCAGAAGAAAUUUUGAAAACAAUGAUGACAAGAGGUCUGCAAGGGACUAUUGCACUUUCCAGACAAGCAGGCCAAGAACUCCUCUCAGUCCUGAAGUUUACCAAGUCCUAACUUACUGUGUGUGCUGUGUAUUAUGCUGGAUUGUAUAUAUUGAUAAUAUAUAUUAUAUUGAAUAUAUAUGUGAAUAUAUAUAGAGAGACAAGCUGAAUGUAUUUGGCAUAUUUUGAAAAUGAGGUCAUUUCUUCGUUAACAAGUGAAAUUGUCAGGUUAUAUAGAAAAAGGUGGGAAGGGCAUUGCAUUCCCUUUUCCCCAGGUAAUCAAGCCUACAGAAAUAGUUGAGUAAGUGCUAGUAAAUGCAUUUAGAAUAUAUAUUAUUUGCAUUUUACGUAUAAAACCUGAACAUAAGUGAUGUAUCCAGUCACUAAACAUGAGUCAGGUCUGAAGGUGUUCCUAAUGUACUACUGAGGGAAAAAAGCAAGUUCAAAACAGUAUGAUCUUGUAUGUAUAAUUUUGAAACCCAGCAGAGAGGGUGUGUGUGUAUGUGAACAUCGGAACAUCUCAGAAGGUACAUGGCAGGAGGGAACGCGGGACUUUUGCUCUUUUAUGGUAGCAUUUGCACAAUGAUAACAUAUGACUUGUAUAAUUUUAAAAAGGUUUUCAUUUAAAAAUUUUUUUAAUUUA